AUGAUAAAAAAUAAAUAUAUUGCUGUGAUUUUUUUUGAAGAUUUGAAUAAUAUUUCAAAUGGUAUUAUAAGUUUUAUUUUAAGAAAUUUUGGGCAAAUUAUCAACAAUUUGUCUGCAACGAAUAUGCCAUCCACACUUUGUGCGCAACCGUCAAAAGCAGUGCCGAAACUAGAACUGUUAUCGAAAGAAAGAGCAAUCAGCAUAGUCACUGAUCUUUCAAAAUGUAUCGCUGAAAUACAAUGUUUCGAUCAAAACGUGGAAGAAGCAACUGCACAGGCUGUAACAAAAUUCAUUUCGAAAGCCGAACUCGGUGAAAUUGGAAAUUUGAUUAAUGAGAUCUGUGCUUACCGUAUAACGGCAGCAAUUCAGGAACGAGAUGAUAUGUGGCGUCGUCAUGAAACUGCUCAAAUAUCCUUUUUGCAAAACGAAAAUUCUCAGAUGUUGACUGGAUUACAUGCUGAGAUUGAAAGACUUCAUCAUCAUUUAAGAGAUCUCUAUCGUAGACUUUAUGUAAAGAACUCAUUCGAGAGAAAUGUGACACUCAAAAAUGAAAAUGAUUUUCUCCGAAAAAGGAUAGAGAUAGAAAAACAAAAUACGGAUAAGCUGAAUGAAGAGUUGGAAAAAUGUAAGAAAAAUUUAAAAGACUUGGAGCAACAAACUGAUGAAACUGUCAAAACGCUACGAAGUCAACUCGCCUACCAGGAUAAAAGAAUUCGUCAAUUAACCGAUAAACUUCGUGAAAGGAUACCACAAAUAACUGAAUUAAUGGUUCAGUUUCCAUUUGGAACGGCAGCUGAAGCAACUGAAAACGAGAUUCCCGCUCGAAUUCAUUUCCAUUCACAACCAAUUGUUCAUUGGAAUCCUGCUCCGGCAUCAUUUUUUGGUAAAAAAGGCAAUAAUUUGCCACAUAUGGGUUUAAUCCGCAACGCUUCGAUAACAUAUCCAGGUGGACGACCAAAUGUUGUCGCACGAAGAUACAGCUACACGUCCUCAACUCCACGUUCACAUCAUCUGCCAUCGUUAUAUUCGAAACCACGCAGCGUACCAUCGUUGGGACACAAUAUUGAGAAGCCAACAUUAUUACAAAUGCUAGGAUUACGAGAUCGGAUGUCGCUUGCCCAUUCAUUAUAUGGCAUUCGAAAUUCUUUAAUUGCAAAUAGCAUUACGUCAUCAAAUUCUACGAAUUCUAAGUUUUCGAUCUUAACGGAUGGAUCGACGCAAAAUACGAUAUAA